AUGCUGGCAAAUGGAUGCGCUACUCCGAAGAAAUAUGCUCAUAAAGAUCCUUUUUUCAGCAUCGAUAUGUUUGUUGCAUUAGCGAAGGCCAUGCACAAUGGAAGCAUGCUUGCGACGGUUGAAGGGCUCUUCACUACACAUGGCAAAACAUUUCAAUCAAACUCUUGGGUAACAACAGUCAUUAACACCAUGGAUCCCUUGGUGAUCCAAAAAGUUCUAGCAAACAGCUCGGAAAAGUUUGGCGUUGCACCGUCCCGGAUACCGGUAGUAGAGCCUUUAAUGCAUGACGGUAUUUUCACCGCGGACGGUCAAUCAUGGGCUUAUCACAGAAGCGUCGCAAAGCAAAUAUUCUUUGGGGUCGGAUUUUCCGUCAUCCCAUCACUUGAGAAACAUGCGAAUCGUUUGCUGGAAUUGAUACCCCGAGAUGGCUCAACGGUUGAUAUUCAACCACUUUUGAAAAGAAUAUUCCUCUUCGGGGUAUCACAAGACUCCCUUCUUGCUGGUACAAAGGAUGGUUCUACGGAAGGUUUUAUCUCGAUAUUUGAUAAAUCUUUGAUAGGUCUACACACUCGUAUGUUUCUUAGCAGAUUGAUUUUCAUCCGUGGGCGUGAUACACAGUUGAGAAAAGACAUAUCUUAUGUCCAUGCUUCUAUUGACAGAUACGUUGAAAUGGCUAUCGACAGGCAGCGGUCAUCGGAGAAAACCGUUAAAGAAGUCUCGUCAGGCAACUAUGUGUAUCUGGAUGAGCUCGUCAAGAAAACAAAGGAUAAAACGAAACUUAGAAAUCAAAUGUUGAACCUAUUUCUUCCAGCUCGUCUUCGUCUCCUUGCUCCAGCAGGUCUCAGUAUCCGAACAUGUGGUAAGGAUUGUGUAUUUCCAAGAGGAGGUGGACCUGAUGGUCAAAGUCCCAUUCUGGUUCGUCCAGGUACGGAAAUUAGAAUAGUUUUUCACGCACUACACAAAGACCGAGAUAUCUGGGGAGAAAAUGCAAUGGAUUUUCGUCCUGAGAGAUGGGAAAAUCUGCGAGCAACAUGGGAAUAUAUACCUUUUCUUGGGGGUGGUAGGGUUUUUCCAGCGCAACAGAUGGCCUUAAGCGAAGUUUCUUAUUUGGUGGUUCGAUUUAUGCAAGAAUUUAAAACUAUGGAGAAUAGGGAUCUGGAGAAGAAGUUUGCUGCAGGUAUUAAGUUAUCUAUGGAGAGUAAAAAUGGUGUGAAAGUAGGAUUGAGGUAG